UUCCACCUCACCCACCAAAAAAACCCAAAGCAAAAGAGAAAUCCUCGCGGCUAGAGAAAAAUAUCACCAGCUUCCUGCCGUCCUCCUCCACUCCCACCAAAGCCACAAGGCCUCUCCCCCUCUCUCUACGUCUCUCGCUUUUCCCCUUUCCCCCAUGAGCAGCCGCCGCUGAUGGGCCCGCCCGCGCAGGACGCCGCCGCCUCCUCCUCGCCCUCCUCCGGCGGCUCCUCCCGCGGCUCCUCCCGGCGCAGCGGCGGCCCGCGCCUCGAGCGCCGCAACGCGUCCAAGCACAUCCCAUACCAGUACGACCAGGAGCUCUACUGCAGCUACCCGCCCUCCUCCCCGCGGGCCUCCUCCGGGCCGGCGGCCUCCACCGCGCCGGCCUCGCUCGCCUGCUCCGUCGACCUCUCCAGCUUCCGCAUCGGCGGCAGCGGCGACGGCGGCGGCGACGUCCAGCUCCUCUGCCGCAACCUCGGCCUCUCCGGCCCCGACGACUUCGCCAUCUCCAUCACCGACUGGGAGGCGCACAAGGCCUACCGCUCCUCCUCCGCCUCCACCUCCCCCUCCUCGUCCUCCCGCUCCAAGCCCGACCGCCCUCAACCGCGCGAGUCCCCGCUCCGCCCCGACCCCGCCGAGGAGGUCCCCGCCUUCUCUCUGGCCACUGAUUUCGAGCUCCCGCCUAAGAAAACCGCGCCAAUUGAACCACCAGCACGGCCGGCAUGGUUAGAUCCAGCGCGCCCGGACGCGAGGAAACCAGCCUGCGAGGGCGGGAUCAAGGGCGUCCGCCCGCCGCCCGUCACACUCAAGCCGCAGCCGACGAUGCUCAAGCCGCCGCCCUCCAUGGCGCGGCUACCCAAAGCCUGCCUGGCCGGUUCCACGUGGGACAUCCUCCAAUCGUUCGCGCCAGAGGAUGCCCAGCCCAUCAGAUCCGCUCGUGAUUUUGGAUGCGAGGACGCCGAGGACGAGGAGGACGAGGCGGAGGUGCUCACGCUGGACGACCUCAGGCUCGGGGACACCUCCGAGGAGUUCACCGGCAUGUCCUCCAUUUCCACCACCAACGACGACGAGACGGCCGACCCCAUGUUCUACAUCUCGCCCAACGGCAGGUUCAAGAGGAAGAUCCGGUCGUGGAGCCGCGGCAUGCUCCUCGGGAGCGGAUCCUUUGGGACCGUAUACGAGGGGAUCAGCGAUGAAGGCGUCUUUUUCGCGGUCAAGGAGGUGCCCUUACAUGAUCAAGGGAGCAAUGCUCAGCAGUGUAUUUUUCAGCUUGAGCAGGAAAUUGCACUCUUGAGUCAGUUUGAACACGAGAAUAUAGUGCAUUAUUACGGAACUGACAAAGAAGACUCAAAGCUGUACAUCUUCCUUGAACUAGUGACUCAAGGAUCUCUUGUGUCAUUGUAUCGGAAGUACCGCCUGCGAGAUACUCAUGUUUCGGCGUAUACAAGACAAAUUCUGAACGGGUUAACUUAUCUCCAUGAGAGAGACAUUGUUCAUAGAGAUAUCAAAUGUGCCAACAUACUGGUACAUGCGAAUGGAUCUGUGAAACUUGCAGACUUUGGUCUUGCCAAGCAGGCUAGCAAACUCAAUGUCCUUAAAUCAUGCAAAGGAACUGUAUAUUGGAUGGCACCUGAGGUCGUCAAUCCCAAGAAGACGUAUGGACCUGCAGCUGAUAUAUGGAGCCUGGGUUGCACGGUCCUAGAGAUGUUGACACGUGAACUUCCCUAUCCUGAUCUGGAAUGGACCCAAGCCCUAUACAGGAUCGGCAAGGGGGAACCACCAGCGAUUCCAAGUACUCUUUCAAAGGAUGCUCGUAAUUUCAUAAGCCAGUGCGUAAAACCGAACCCAGAAGAUAGACCUUCUGCGUCCAAACUGUUGGAUCACCCGUUUGUGAAUAGAUCAAUCCGGUCUGUACGGUCUAUGAGGACAUCUUCGCGGCCGAAUUCAUCCACACGUGGCGUGAUUGGAUAGAAUUGAGGACAACUGUAGAAUACUGGCAGAACUUGUGCCUGCUUAUCCUACCUGCAGAUAUCUUGCUAAUUAUUCGGAGCUGGCUGGAAAGAGGACGAUCAUUUUAAACAGUAUUGUCACCGGCAUCCUCGUAGCAUCUUGUGUUUAACAUUGCUUGAUUCUUUACCAUAUUUCCGGGGAAGAUGUUUUUGUGAUACGGCUAGUAUUCUUCUUCCCAGAGAUUAGAGCAAAUGCGCAUGGGAGCGCAUGAGUGUAGUGUAAAGUAGGAACGGACACGCUGUAAAUAUGCCGUGCUGUCAAUGUCAUGGUGUGGAAUGAGAUUCACUUGUUGAUCCUA